AUGACUGCCUUACGUCACAUACACCUUUGCGCCCACCUAACACUGUUCAAAAAUCAUCCAAUUGUAUUCUUCAGGCAAGCGCAUUUGAACACUAAACACUACGGCUGGGUGACUAAGACGCUGGUAGAGUGGUUCGCGCCCCAACGGCUCAGUAACUCCGAUAACUACAUGCCCUUGCUGUCGUAUGCUAUGGAUGUGCUUUUGCCCGAGGUGAUCAUCCGACUGGUACGAGACAAGAACGAGUGCACCUACGAGGAGGCCGAGAGCAUCAUGCUGAAGUAG